UUAGGGCCGUUGGAGUACUCAUUCAGCGUUGACCUUCAUACUUUCUUCAAUUUACUUACUGCAUUUCUAAUCUGCAAAGCCAUGGACGAUUUGUAUGUUGAUCUUCUCGAUCUUGUCAAAUUUAUUGAAAACGAAGUUAUGAAAUCCGGGGCUUUAACUGUUUGUACAGAGAUGCUUAGGAAGGAAUUGAGAUAUCUGUUACUGCUUGUUUGCGGUGCCCGUACAUGGAUCCACAUGGAUGAGGGUAAUGAUGUGAGAAAUUUUUUCAAUCGUCUCCAGAUUUUGAUCACAAACGCAGGUCGGGACCUUCAGUUGCUUUGUGAUAUUGGAAGCUCUGAACAGGAUCGUGUUAGUUAUGACACACUUCAAAAGAUUUGGCUUCUCAAGCCAGACAUGAUUUUAUUUCUAAGACUACUUCCCAAGCUCGUCCGAGCAUUUGGUGUUGUUCUAUCUGCUGAUCAAGUCCCGGCUGGAUAUAUCGAAUCCCUCAUUGACAAUCUAGAGUUUUUGUUAAACUACAAGGCAGAUUUUGUUGCUCCUGUGAAGGAAAAACUUGAAGUUAUCAAAAGAAUUCUGAAAAUUCUGAAAGGUUUUCUUCCGUUCAUGCUAAAAUACUCUAAUUUUGAGUCCAAUGAGUUCAACAAUUUCUGUAAUCAUUUUACAGUUGUGACAAAAAAAGUAUCAUGUUGUAUCGCUUUACUUUGUCUGGCAGAUGAAUUGGAUGAGGAUAUGGCUGAUUGCAUUAGUUUCAUGCUGAUAGAUCUGCUACAGAGCAUACAACAUGCUAAAUCAGAUAUUAUUUCUUAUGUUGGAGGCCUGAAACUUUUACACCCAACUAUAGAGUUCACUAGGGAAUUGGAUGUCUUUGCAGGCGGCUUUGUUCAUUUCAUCCUAGAAGCACCAAUGACCAAGCUCAAUUCCUGGUCCUAUCUACCUGUCUACAUCGAUCAUGUCCAAAAACUCCAAAUUUCGCUCAGGUUACUGCUGAUAUAUAUCUUAUGCUGUGAUAUCCAUAAUGAAAGCUUGACUAUAUUUGAUCUUGUAGUCAAUGAGUUUUGGUCAUUCAUCAACUCAUUAGACAACCGAGAAACAAAUGAAGAUUUGGGCAAAGAAUUUGAUCUUGCUAUAUCCCGUUUGGUGCAAAAGAUGGAGCCUAUGGCAUCAAAGAUCUUAGAGGGUACUAUCGGCACACAAAAGCCAGCAUUGCCCUUUUCCCAGAUUGAUAGUUUGGGAUGUGUAGAUUUGGUAUCGCAGAAUUUGCUGAGAUUGUUGGAUCAUAGGAUUGAUUCAAUUGCUCCGGUAGCACAUCAGAUUAAAGUUGUACUGUUUGAUAUUAAAAAUUUCAAACCUUUUCUCGAAGGUAAUGUUGACCAACAAGGUAAGCGCGAGGAAGUGUUAUAUGUUUGCGAUCGUAUGACCAAUUUAUUUGUCGAAUUUGAAUAUAUUGUGGACAUGUUCGUGCUUAAACCUUCUCCUAUGCGGAACAAUCAGUUAGACGAUGUCAUUGAAGAAAUUAGGUUCUUCAAGGAAGUUGUUGAAUUUUCGCAAAUCUUUACCGGAAAAAAGGAUGUCCCAAUUGAUUGUCAAGCAUCAAAACCUAGCACUCCAAUCAUUAAUGAAGCAGUUGUAGGCUUGGAGGACCAGAUAGAAAUAUUAAUGGCCCGGGUAAUUGGUGGAGGGGCCGAGCUUAAUACCAUUCCGGUCAUUGGCAUGCCAGGGAUUGGUAAGACAACACUUGCCAAAAGAAUUUACAAUGACGGAAGAACUUCAGAUCACUUUGAUAUUCAAGCAUGGGGUUCUGUUUCUCCUAGAAAUACGGUGAGUGAAUUGGCCCAAGAUAUUUUAAUUUCUAUCAUUGAUCUGAGCAAUGACAUUUACAAGUCAAAGGAGUGGAAGGAGCUAGAUUAUCUUGAUCUUUUACGCAGACAGUUAUAUGGAAGAAGAUACCUCAUCGUUUUAGAUGAAGUGUGGGAUUCUUAUAUAUUUCAUGAGUUGCACAGGUGUUUUCCAGAUAAUCAUAAAGGAAGCAGAAUUCUUGUUACCAGCGGCAGAAAAUAUGAGGAUCCAUUGUUUGAUGAACCUUUUUUGGUUCGCUUGUUGACUCCGGAAGAGAGUUGGGAGCUAUUACAAGUGAAGUAUAAUCACCUUCGCUUAUGCACUCGAGAAGAAUUUCGCAAACCCCCAAUUCCAAAUGAGAACUGUCCUGCUGAAGUUGGGAAGGAAAUUGCCGCAAAUUGUCGAGGGCUACCUCUGGCCAUUGUUUUGGUAGCUGGGUUUCUUGGCAAUUUAGAGGACGACAGCGAUUGGCUAACCAUUACUGAAGAGGCAUUUAGUUCAGAAACUAAUCGUGAUGUAGGCGACUGCAAUGAAAUAAUAGAACUGAGCUACAAAAAAAUGGCAGGUUAUCUAAGACAAUGUUUUCUAUAUUUUGCAGCAUUGCCAAUGAGUACAGAAAUUUCAGUUUCAAAACUAACAUGGUUAUGGGUUAGUGAAGGAUUUUUACGAAGAGAUGAGGUGAAGAAACCGGAGGAGGUAGUACAAGAUUACCUGAAUGAUCUUAUGGGGAGGAGCCUUGUAAUGGAGGCCAGAAGAAGUUCAAAGGGCUGGCUGAAAUCAUGUCACAUUCAUGAUUAUCUAUAUCAUUUCUGUCGAGACAAAUCUAAAGCCGAAAAGUUCUUGCCAGUAGCAUCGCGGUUUGAAGAUUUCGUUCUGGAUAAGGAAGAUUUAAUUCUGUAUAUACCACCUAUUUCCCUUACCCGCACAAUGAUAUAUUCUUCUGAACCCGGUUGGCACCGCUCCUGGAAAAGUCCUCUUCCCAAAGAAGGUCCAUUUCCAUUUCGGGGUGUCAAAGGGCUUGUUAGAGUGUUGGAUUUGGGGUGCAUCAACAUUGGCAAUACCUUUCCUCCGAAAAUAGAAAGGCUUGUGCAUUUGAGAUUUUUGUCACUUCAAGGUGACAUGACGGUCAUGCCCUCUUGGAUUUCCAAGCUCUGGAACUUAGAAACUUUCCUAGUGAAAGGAACAAAAAGUGAGGUAGCAUUACCAGAUACAUUUUUCAGUAUGGAGGGACUGAGGCAUGCACAUAUAGAUAACUGUACCUUCUCAGAUUCUAACUUGUCCCAAUUGGAUCCUUUGCAGACCUUAUCCACCCCAUCCCUUUCUUAUGACAAAGGGAACAUAAUGAGAAGUUUUCCUUUCCUUCAAAAACUAAAAUGCAUAUUUUUGGAAUCUUGGGGUCAUUCUGAGAACUUGGGAGAAUCUUGCAAUCGAUUUCCAGUUUUGGAUUUCUUGAAUCAGCUUGAAUCGCUCAAUGUGAUUUAUCAAGGCCGAGUGCUUCUGCCUUGUGAAUUUAACUUCCCCUCGAACCUUAAGAAAUUAACCUUAUCAAAGUUUAGGCUGCCAUGGGUUGAAAUUUCUGCGAUCGCAGCAUUACCAAACCUUGAAAUUUUUAAACUGCUUUCAAAGGCUUUUGAGGGAGAAGAGUGGAAUGUGAGUAAUGAUGAAUUUCCAAAACUCAAAUACUUGAAAUUGGGAAAUCUGAAUAUUACGCGUUGGAAUAUAUCAGAUGAUGCCUUCCAAUCUCUUGAGCAUAUAGUGUUGCAAAAUUGCAAGCUGCUCACUGAGAUUCCUUCUGAGUUUGGUGAUAGUUGUCGUUCCCUGCAAAAGAUUGAGGUGUUUAUGUGUGGAGAGACUGUUUCUCAAUCAGCCAGAAAUAUUGAGGAAAGUCAGCAGGAUGGUGGAAAAGGCAAAUUCAAGGUCACCAUUCAGAACCCAAUCAGGGAUUGAAAAAACCGAAUCUCAUCUUUAAUCGCCGUGCUCACUUAUACAAAGAGAACGAAAUCGGCAGUUGAGACACUAGCUUCAUCACAUAGUACAGUAGCUGAGUCCAAGAUUGUUCUGCAGACAAGAAGUGAAGUUGAUUUCUUAGAUGACGGGUACAAAUGGCGAAAGUACAGGCAGAAGGUGGUAAAGGGGAAUCAGCACCCAAGAUGCAAGUGUUGAUUCCGAUCCGCAGACUUGAGCCAGGGUACUUUAGUGAUGAGCCGCACAUUUCCUUCCAUGAGUAAUGCUGGUUCCACUUCUUCUUUCUCUAUUGUUAUGUUUCAGUUUGACAGUUAUUGAAAACUCUUUGUUGUAUUGCUCCAUGAACCUUAUGUGUGGUUGUAAUUUUGUAAUGAGUUGGACUGUGUUACUCUUCCCAAAAAAUAAAUAAAUAAAUUGUGUUAUAUAUUUGUACAACACAGUUAUAUAUA